CGAGAGAGCUCGAGCUGAGUGGCGGUUGGUGAUCGAAGCUCGGGCAUCGGGAAGGGUAGAGACAGAAAGGGAGCGGGAUCAGGACCGGGACUGGGACCGCUGCUCACCUUACCUCACAUCGCCCGGCGGGAUAGUGAUCAGGAGCCAGUCCUGUGUGCAGAUACCUACCAAACCUACUCCCGGGACGGAGCUCAGCGAGAGCGGGCAACUCUCUCCGGAAACCUAGCCUGACAGGGACUCGCCUCUCGACCCCCUUUCCCUCAGCCGGUCGCAGGAUGCCGUUGGCACAGUUAGCUGGUCCUUGGCCCAAAGUGGACCUGGUUCACCUGGAGACCGAGAAUGGACAUGGAGCCUCAGAAGAAACAUCAGAUCCUCCAGUGCAGGCAAAAUCAGAAAUCACAUGGAUAGAAAAGGACUUUGUGUCUUUGAAAUGUAAGGAUGAAGAGAACAUAAAAGAGAUCCACAUCACACAUCAUGUGAAAGAGGGGUCAGAAAAAGCAGAUCCUUCCCACUUCGAGCUGCUGAAAGUACUUGGUCAGGGAUCCUUUGGAAAGGUGUUUUUGGUGAGAAAGAUCAAAGCACCUGAUUCAGGUCAACUCUAUGCUAUGAAGGUUCUGAAGAAAGCAACAUUGAAAGUGAGGGAUCGUGUCCGGACGAAAUUGGAACGAGACAUCUUGGUGGAUGUAAAUCAUCCAUUCAUUGUGAAGCUGCAUUAUGCUUUUCAGACCGAAGGAAAACUUUACCUCAUCUUGGACUUCCUCAGAGGAGGCGAUCUUUUCACCCGGCUCUCUAAAGAGGUGAUGUUCACAGAAGAAGAUGUUAAGAUAUAUCUGGCAGAGUUGGCUUUAGCCUUGGACCAUCUUCACAGUCUUGGAAUCAUCUAUCGAGACCUGAAACCAGAAAAUAUUCUACUGGAUGAAGAAGGGCAUAUUAAGCUAACGGACUUUGGCCUGAGCAAGGAAGCUGUAGACCAUGAAAAGAAGGCUUAUUCAUUUUGUGGAACUGUUGAAUAUAUGGCUCCUGAGGUGGUUAAUCGGCGUGGCCAUACUCAUAGUGCUGAUUGGUGGUCCUAUGGCGUUUUAAUGUUUGAAAUGCUGACUGGUUCUCUGCCAUUCCAAGGGAAGGACAGGAAGGAGACAAUGACGCUCAUUCUAAAGGCUAAAUUGGGAAUGCCUCAGUUCUUAAGUCCUGAAGCCCAAAGUUUGUUGCGAGCACUUUUCAAGAGGAACCCUGCCAACAGACUAGGAGCUGGUGUGGACGGUGUGGAGGAAAUCAAGCGUCAAUCCUUCUUUGCAAACAUAGACUGGAAUAAACUCUACCGAAGGGAACUGAAACCACCAUUCAGACCAGCUGUGGCCAGGCCAGAUGAUACCUUUUAUUUUGAUCCUGAGUUUACAGAGCGAACACCUAAAGAUUCUCCUGGUGUUCCUCCAAGUGCCAGCGCUCACAAGUUAUUCCGAGGGUUCAGUUUUGUGGCAACAGGACUUGAAGAGGAGGAAUUGAAGGCUGAGCAUUCCAAAUUGGUCAUUCAUCCUGUCUUGCAGCAACUGCAUGGGAACAAUAUGAACUUUACUGAUGGUUAUGAGCUAAAGGAAGAUAUUGGUGUAGGCUCAUACUCUGUCUGUAAACGCUGCGUUCACAAAACUACAAAUAUGGAGUAUGCUGUCAAGAUUAUUGAUAGGAGCAAGAGAGAUCCCUCAGAGGAAGUUGAAAUCCUGUUGCGUUAUGGGCAGCACCCAAACAUCAUUACGCUGAAAGAUGUCUACAACGAUAAUAAAUAUAUCUACCUGGUGACAGAGCUAAUGAGAGGCGGUGAACUACUGGAUAAAAUACUACAGCAGAAGGGUUUCUCUGAGAGGGAGGCGAGUGCUCUUCUUCACACGAUUGCCAAGACAGUUGAAUACCUGCAUUCUCAAGGGGUGGUUCACAGAGACCUGAAACCAAGUAAUAUCUUGUACGUGGAUGAAUCCAGUAACCCUGAAUGCAUCCGAAUCUGUGAUUUUGGUUUUGCUAAGCAGCUAAGGGCUGACAAUGGGCUCCUGAUGACUCCGUGCUACACAGCCAACUUUGUUGCUCCAGAGGUUCUCAAACGCCAAGGAUAUGAUGAAGGCUGUGAUAUCUGGAGUCUGGGUGUUUUACUCUACACCAUGUUGGCCGGAUAUACCCCUUUUGCUAAUGGUCCAGAUGAUACUCCAAAUGAGAUUCUGGCUAGGAUUGGGAGCGGACAUUACAAUCUACAGGGUGGAAACUGGGACAAAGCCUCUUCUGCUGCAAAGGACCUUGUCUCCAAGAUGUUGCAUGUUGACCCACACCGACGCUUAACAGCUAAACAAGUCUUGAAACAUCAGUGGAUCAUGAACCGAGAUCAGCUGCCUCAGAGCCAGCUGACCCGGCAGGAUGUCCAUCUUAUUAAGGGAGCGAUGGCUGCCACAUUCUCAGCCUUGAGCAGCUCCCCACCAGCACCAAAAUUGGAGUCUGUGAAGGCGUCGACUUUGGCUCAGCGCAGAGAACUUAAAAAGCUCCCUUCCACUUCACUGUAACUCACUACGAGCAGUGAAAGAUCCGGGGAAGCUCAAAUUAUGUGCACGAUCACAGACACGGUUCUUCCCCCAAGAUGUGGCAAUUCACAGGAGCGUGAGCUUUCCAUUGAAUCUUUGGGACAAUCUUGCAGUACUUGAGGGAUAAAAAUAAGGGGAAGGAACCAAGGGGGAACUGCCUGUUAUCAUGUGAAAUAGCUUUCAUCUUACAAUUCUGCUGUAGAGUCUUCAAUUUGCCACAUUAGUUUUCUGUGGAGAGCAUCUUGCAGCAGGCAAGAAACUCUAAAUUCUGUUUGAGUAUUUCCUGUUGAUUUUUAAAAUGUUACUUUUAAGUAUAUGUAAAGGGACAAUACUUUUUUUAAACUGUGGUUUUGAGCAUGCUUGAGCAGAAAUCAUAUCCAGAACAUGAAGAGCAUAAAUGUUGGUGAAUAACUGGGCUGUGAUCGGGUCAAAGCCCAUGUUUAGGUUAUACUGCAACAUCCUCAAGAGUUUUGAAGCUUUUAAACAUCCGAUUUUGUGCUGAAGCCCACUGUUAUUCAUGUAGUCCUCCUUGUUUCAGUGCUACAUUUCUCCCCCUGCAUUUACAUUUAUUGAAUCAUAGUUCAAAUCCUUCACAGUAAUAUGUGGUAAAAAUUUCAGUCAAAUGCUGAGUAAAUCACUGAU